UGUAUGUUUCAAGGACCUCUAUCAAGAAUGGAAGAAAUGUUCGAUUGUUGCCUCGAUACAUUGCAUGUAGCCAUAAAUACCGUCAUAAAACAUUCGCUAUUACUCACACGCAAAUUGUCAUAUGAACAGCAAAAAGUAGAGAAGUAAAUGCGGAAAAUUGUAGAAAAUUUAAGCAGAAGUAGAUAGCAUAAUAACAAGAUCUUAAUUAGUCCUUAUUUUUCUUUGAAAAAUAUAAAACAGAAUUCGUCUGUUCGUUGAGUUAUUCGUGCAAAUCUUCAAAAAUAUUUAAUUACCGUAACUGGUUUGCAUCGAAACAAGUCAGUUAACCCUGUAUCAUACAACAUUAAAUAAUCUCGCGCAAUAUAUAUAUAAUAUAAAUAAUAUCGUGUUAUUAAAUCUUGAUAAAAGAGCAAAGUUAAAAUAUCUAACGUAAUAUUACUGCAUCAUGACCAUACAUGCGUGACGUGAAUAUUAACUUCAUUAUUAUGUACAUUCACGCACACGCAUGACAUGAUUUCUGUUCCGAGAAAUAUGCGUGCACAUAAAUCGUUUGCAACAGCCCUGAAACAAAUUAUUUCCGCCAGUGUUAUCUUAGCCAUUAAGUGCUCUGCGCAUUUAUCGUGUCUUGAAUUAAUGUUUAGAAGAAUGGAGACGUAUUUUACACAGAAGCUGUUCAUUAUACUUGUCAAUUGAAGCAUUAAUUUAUGUUUAAACGAGAAGCUAAACGUUAUCAUGGUUGGCGAAAAGGAUUGUUUCAUUAGAUAUGCAAAUAAUAAGCGGAAACGUUGCGCGUUAGCAGCAGUUAUGAAGUAAGAUGCCCCGUCAUCUUUGUUGCUUCAAGAUUGCGUCGCUAUUCGCUAUUCGUACAGAUAUUAGCAUACGCAAAUAUUGCGCCGAGAGCUAUUAAUAAUUCGAAAAAAUUUACGGAGCUUGAUACUUCCUCACCUAUACUCGUAUCAAUCAUUUACAUAUAAUUUAAUGCGGUAGAUAUGAAGAAUCAAUCGCGUACAUGCGAUCGAAGAAUCGCAACGAAGAACUAAAAGAGGAACCGAUGAUGUAUCACGAAGCACACCGGAAUAAUUAUAACAUCAAGAACUAUUGAAAGAAGAUAAACCGAAGUGACCGGAAGAAUAACAGCGAAAACGAAGGAAGAAUUACCACAGUAUCACAUAGAAAUGAUGGAACAUCUAGUAAUGAUGACAAGAAGCACAAUGGAGGAAGUAAACUGGAAAUGGCAUUAUUAGAUUGAGGGAGGAUGAUUUACGCGAUGAGCUGUGUCAUAUCUUACCACAUAAUAGUUACCUGUCUUCUCAAUUACGCUGUAAUAUACUUCUUAUCAAGCCAAUUAUUAAAGUUGCUGAAGUUGUCUUUCCUAAUCAAACAUUACGCUUAUUAUUAUGACAAUGAAAUGUGCUACUUAUAUUUAUUGAUAAAACGUAUAUUAUUAUGGUAUAAUUUUUAGUGACAUAUUAUAAUUAUAUUAAUAUUAAUAAAUACAUAAUUAAAUAAACCAUUUCUUAAUUUGUGUAACUCUUUUUUUCAAAAAAGAAAUCUUAUUUUUUACGAAUAUUCUAGAGAUAUCCAAUAAUUUUAAUUUUAUCUUAUUGUUAGCCACUGAGGCUAUAAUUGAAAUUUUCAAGCAUGGAGGAGCACUGAAAGAGAAAGUAACACAGUGUCGUAAGCGAGUACGUGAGCUCGACAACGUCGAGAGCGAAAUCUGUUAGUCUGUUAUUCGCUGUUCAAUAGGGACAACCUUCGACCACAUAUAAAUAUUUGUUGCGUUCUUAACAUUUUUUUACCAAAUAUUCAAGUAAAAUUCAAAAGUAAAUUGUAUGUUGUUUUAUAUGUAUGAGUGUACAUGCACCUUACUUGAAAACUUAGCUCAAUUGUAAAACAAAUUUUAAGAAAUUUCUUUCAUACUGUGUUAAAAAAAAGAUGUUACGGAUUUUAAUAUUUCUGUCGUGUAUCUGUUUAUAUUUGAGCUUGUCAAGUGCUCGUCCUGCAGAAGAACCAACAAGAUUCAUUCUCAGCAACGUACAAAAUGAUGCAGAGAACGCGUUACCCUCGAGAUUGGAACAAGCACAGGAAUUAUUAGGACGUGUCGCAGACGCAAUUAGAAUUGGCAGAGGAAGAUUUGUUAAUUCGAUAAUAUUGGCCAGAAACGUCGUUCUUGAUUACGCAGAGCAACUACCCGAUGGAGCUCAGAGCGAUUUAGAAAAUCCGAUUAGCAAAUCCAACAGUCCUAAUCAAAGUCGCAGAUCUCUAACAUCGGUGCAAACCACAAUGCCUACAGUUUUGUUCUCUCCCAGCACACAAGAAACAGUUCACCUAGUGAAUGAGAACGAGCAAGGAAUUUUAGAGAGACGAAAACCCGAUAACAUUAGGCAAUUUCUGGAUGGCUUACUAAGACCUACGCCGAUCGUUGAUGGAAUUAAAGAGGAGCAAAAAUACGGUAACAAGGGAGAUGGAUUUAGUGGAAUCGGGAGAGCGUUCAUUAAUGGUUACGAAAAUCUCAGUAAUUUCCUGAAUGUUCUAGUAGACCUUCCUAUGAAUGCUGCGAGACAGGCUUCCAAAGGAAUAACGCAAGCGUUGAAUGAAUUAGGGGCACGGAUCGUCGGACUACAGUAAUAAGCAUAAACGUGCGUAAGCACGCGAUUUUAAUCACCGAAUGUAAAUAAUUUCAAUAAAACAUAUUAAACAUAAAAAACAUUUUAUUUAAGAAAUCCAUUUAUUACACGAAAUCAAUUUAUUACACGAGGACACUUACAUGAAGAAGAUACAAAUUCAUGUAUAUCUAUGCACGCGAAGGUUACGUUAAAUUUAAUAAUAAUUAAAUAGUAUUUAGCAUCGGUAACAUUGUACAUUAACUCAAUUUUCAAGAAACGAUAAGAUAAAAUUUUACCAUAUAAGAAACUUCAAAACGCGUCAAGCGAGUCAGUUAGCCAAAAUUUAUUGUUCCCAGCGUGCUUGUUUCAUUUAAAAUAGACAAGUACUAUUU